GAGGAAAUAAUAUUUGUAGAGAGACCGGAAGUGAGAAUCGCUUGCUAUGCAUUCUAACCGAAUAUGAGCGGGCCAAGCUGGCUUUGACGCAGAGGAAGUCGGACACAACAAUAGGAAACGUGACACCGUUCCGGCCAGUGGUUCCCCGAAGAAAUACACUAUCAAAAAAGACGCUUCACAAUAUUUGUCAUUCACAUCUUUACAUACAUCAUAAACAAUCUCCAGUAAACACAAAGGGGUUGCACAGCAAGUGCUUUGGAUGAAAGUGUAUCCUGAGAAAUAAUGAUGUUAGUGAAGAUUAUGUUGUGAUUGUAUUCUCUCACGUACAGCACUUGGAGUAGGAAACACUUGCGAAUUAGAGGCUGAAAUAUCCAAACUUCUAAAGUUCCUUAAUGGCUGAAGACCAUAAUGACAGUUCAUUUAACCACAGCUUCGAAUCGAGGAAUUCCUCCGUGUGUGGCUCUUCAGACUGUAUCCCGUGGCUUGCUGUGAGCAUCACUGAAUGUCUGGCCAUAGUCAUCUUUAAUCUCCUCACCAUUAUUGUAUUUGUGAAGCAGCGCCAGCUACAGCGCAGAAGCACUUACCUGAUCAUCCACUUAGCGGUAGUCGAUCUCUUGGUCGGAGCAGUCUCAGGACCUGUGAUUAUUGCUUACCUAUUUAAGUUUUACCUGGACUCACAAAAGAAGCAUUCAGUAAUAUUUCCAAUAUUUAGUGAUUUAUUCCCCACAACUUCAAUUGCAAAUCUUGCUGUCAUUGCUUUAGAAAGACGACAUGCCACAUUUUAUCCCUUUAAGUAUCGAGAAGUUAAGAAGUGGAUUUAUGGGAUCAUAAUUGUUGCCAUUUGGUUCGUACCUUUGUGUAGAGAGAUCGCUCAGGAUGUUUUAUACUAUCGAGAAGGGAAUUCGGAUCUUUCGAUAUUGUUUUCAAGAUUUAGUUAUGUAUUAUAUUCGUCAGUUUUUCUUAGUAUUAUCUGCAUUUCUUACAUUGCAAUUUUUAUAAAAAUCCGAUGCAGUCCUAAUCCUCAUCCUCACAAUCUUGGUCCAACUAAAAGAGAAAGAAGACUAACAACCACCCUUCUUUUCGUGACGCUUGCGUCUUUGCUGACUUGGCUGCCGUCUACCUUUUUCAGAAUCGCCAUAUUUUGGGGUCACAGAAUGAUGUCUUCUCAGUCCUUUUUUUAUAUUUAUGUGACAGUGGCAGCGUUGAUUGGUGCCAGUUCCUUGGCAAAUCCAAUUGUAUAUGCCGUAAGGAUGCCGGAAUUUAGAGAAGGUUUGGUAAAAUUAUUCCGCAAAGCCCCGAAUCAUGCAUAUGAGGCUGAUUCACCACUAAGGACUAGGCAGUCCUCCUUACCCUAAACAGUAUUCCUGAGCCAAAAAUUUAACUUGUCGCAAGAAUCAUUUCCUGAAAUAUCUUGCAUAUAUAUGCGGUGUUCUUACUUUUUCCUUGAUACAAUGAUAGUAAUUUUUUUUGCAAAUUUAGUCUUAAUCACCAUGGCAUGGGUGCCUUUUGAGUAUCACUUUUUUGCAUGAUCUACAUGCAGUUUCUAUAUCAUUGCGAUGUAAUAUUUCAAUAAAUGGCUUGAGCCAAGGGGUAACGUGAUUCUGUUAAGAGUCGGAUGAUAACUUCCACUUAGGACGUCAGUCACAUAUUCGAAUUAGAAUAACCGACGACAUUCCUUCUACCUUCAAGCAGACGGUUAGAUAACACGGUCAUAUUAAGCUGUUAAUAAGGAUUCUUUUUGUAAAUAUUAUUUAGCAAAUAUUAUUUGUAUUAUUAGUUCUCUAGGAAGGAAAGAAGAAAUAAGUGAGCUGUAAUUAAGCUAUGUAAUGUUAUUAUUGUGAUGCGUGUCUCGUUAGUUGAGUAGGCAUCGUGAGACCUUUUAAUGUAACAUUUGAUAAAAUAUAUAAAGUGUUGACAGAAUUUUGCGCGUUGGAAAUUGCUCUUCGCAUCUUCCUUACCUUAUCAUAAGCAAAGAGCC